CAGAAAGGCAGAAACACUCCAGAUGUCCUCCAAUAGUUACCAAGUUUCAAUCCCGAUGUCAAAAAGGAACACCAAUGGCCUGCCGGGGUCCAGCUCCAAUGAGCUGAAGACGUCUGCUGGGGGAGCUGUGUUAAGCUUUCAUGACAUCUGCUAUCGAGUGAAAGUGAAGAGUGGCUUUCUUUUUUGUCGGAAAACGGUUGAGAAGGAAAUACUGACGAACAUCAAUGGGAUCAUGAAACCUGGCCUCAAUGCCAUUCUGGGACCCACAGGUGGAGGCAAAUCUUCGUUGUUAGAUGUCUUACUGCAAGGAAAGAUCCGCAUGGAUUAUCUGGAGAUGUUUUGAUCAAUGGAGCACCUCGACCUGCCAAUUUUAAAUGUAACUCAGGUUACGUGGUACAGGAUGACGUCGUGAUGGGAACGCUGACAGUGAGAGAAAACUUACAGUUCUCGGCAGCUCUUCGGCUUCCGACCACC